GAAGGAGGAGGGACGUGUGCACAGGGAGAUGCUCCUGUCCGUGGUACACUACCGUGCACACCAGCAUCACGUUACACGGUUACAGCCAGCACGUCUUCCAGCACAGUCUCCACUUGGGACCUGUGAGCCCUGACCCCUGACCCCCUGUUCACCUGAGAGCUUACUGCAGCCAGAGUCCGCAGGAUGGAGGAGGAGGCCCGGUCCUUCCUGGGGAGCUUUGUGGAGGAGUUCCCAGCUGCUCUGGAGGACGGCAGUCCGCUACCUGUCAGCCCUCUGAGCCGCAGAGUCACCCUGGAGGAGCUGCAUGGAGAGAGCCUGGAGCUGGGCCUGAGGCUGCUGGCUGCCAGGGGGGCUCCUGCAGGCCUCAGUGCCCUCCUGUGCCAGGCUGCGCUGUCCCAGCUGCUGCAGAACGACCUUUCACCUUUCCACUGUGCACAGGAAGCUGAGCACAACCAGGAAGAGGAGCAGCAAGUAGUUUUGCUUCAGUCAGACGCAGUCCAGCGUCUCUUCCUCAACAAGCUGAUAGACGUGACACUGGCUCGGCAUCAGGACUUCCCCAAGCAUCCCCCCUCCCCCUCCCCCUCCCGGUUCCUCCACUGCUUUGUUCAUGCCAUCAAGAACACAAGGAGGAAGAUGGAGGACAAACACUUGGCCCUGGCUGAGUUCAACCAGCUGUUUGGAAUCCAGAGUGGAGUGGAUUGUGCCUACUACGCUGUGUUCGAUGGCCAUGGAGGGGUGGACGCUGCCACCUACGCUGCCGCUCACCUCCAUGUUGCUCUGAGUAAACAGGAGACACUGCAGAGUGACACAGCCACCGCCUUUAAAAGUGCCUUCAAACACACAGAUGAUAUGUUCAGGGGCAAAGCCAAGAGAGAGCGUCUGCGGAGCGGCACUACAGGAGUGGCGGUGCUGAUCCAGGGACAGCAGCUGUCUGUGGCUUGGCUGGGAGACUCUCAAGCAAUACUGGUCAGAGAGGGACAAGCUAUAACACUCAUGGAGCCCCAUAAACCAGACAGAGAGGAUGAGAAGCAGAGGAUCGAGGAGCUUGGUGGCUGUAUCACCUUCAUGGGUUGCUGGCGUGUUAAUGGCACCUAUGCUGUAUCCAGAGCUAUAGGUGACUUUGACCAGAAGCCCUAUGUGUCUGGAGAUGCUGACUGCUCCACAACCCAGCUGUUAGGGGACGAGGACUACGUGCUGCUGGCAUGCGAUGGCUUCUUUGAUGCAGUCAAACCUUCAGAGGUCCCACAGCUGGUCCUGGAUGCACUCCAUCAGUCUGUUGACCCCGAGGUCGGGAGAGACGCUCCGCUGGAACAGUCAGAGGACACUGUUGGACUGAGAGUCGCUCAACAGUUGGUAAGUCACGCUAAAGCAGCCGGAUCUAGUGAUAAUAUCACCGUGAUGCUGGUGUUCCUGCGUCCACUUAAACAGCUUUGGGCUCAGAACUCCAGCACAGGAGCUGCACGAGAUGCACCGCAGCAGUGAAGAAGGAGGUCUGCUGUGGUGGUGAUACAGACACCACCGUGCCAAGCUGCUGCCCAACUGCCUAUUUCUGUCAGAGUGACAAAGUUCAUUGAUGCUAACAAAACACAUGAACACAGCAUACUCUGUCACUGCUUUGGUGGAAAAGUGUUAUUUCAACUUGAACGGUGUGAUAGAUGAUGAAGGGCUCACAGAUCAAGCCAGACUCACAGGGAGGCUGUGGGUCCGGGUCUCCAGACAAGCUCCCUGAAGCCAAAAGAGCAGCAUUCUGUCUGCGUCAGGUUGGCUGCUCAUUAAUCAUUUAUUUGUUUAAGUAUAUGCUCUAUGCGAGCAUCAUAUAACUGUUUAUGUAUGUUUGUCUGGUGCAUGUCAAAUAUGAUUUGAUUUGAAUGUGAGUACCUGAUCGUCUCACGUGAUACUGACUCUCUAAUAAGGGCUGCGUGUGUGUGUUCUCUUGUAAAAGAAAUAGAGCUAACAUGAGUAUUGCAAACUUUGUUUCUGUUACAUUUUUUACUUUUUACUGAAACAGAUGUGUGAUUAUGAAAUGAAUAUCUUAGUCAUUUAUUCUUGCCAUAAUGAUGAACUAUAUUCAUAAGUAACGACUCACUAUGUGGUUUUAAUUCUGCUCUUCGAGCUUCAUGUUCACUACUCCGUUGUAAGGUUCAGGAGAGCAGAGUGGGCCCCCCCCUCUGAACAUGUGUUAGGGUUAGGGUAGCGUAACCUCAUUGGUCAGAGGGCUGAUCCAUUCCAUACACGUGUGAUUGCUAAUCUUUGGAAGCUCUAAUUUUCAUAUUGAAUUUUGGUGUCUGAAUCCAAUUUCAGCAAAUUGCACCAAUUAGUAACCUUCUGGAAAUGUCAAAGAGGGGAAGCGAUGUUUGCUAAGUCCCACCCCUCCCUAGUUACUGUACCAUGCCUCUCACCACGGAUCUAUAGAGAGACCUGGAUACAGCAGUGGAGGCGGGGCCUCAUUCAUUCCUAUAAGAGUUGCUAAGUGGCGCUUCAUAUUAUAUUAGCAAAUAUUUAAAAUGUUGCUUUAUAGCCGGCGUUCUUCCUGGAGGCUCAGCUGUCACUUGGCACACAGAGCCAUCAUUCACCAUCUCAGCUUGAAGUAUGUUCUGAAGUGAUGCCUCCUUGAUUUCAGUCAGAGGGUUUCUAGCCGGCAACCUCAAUUUUGGCGGCUGAAAAGCCAACUCACUCUGGCAGAUUUCGUCAGCUGUAGCUAACUAGCUAAUUCAGCUAAUGUGAGCUCCGUGACUUAGUUCUCCAUUUAGUAUAUUUAUUGAGUUUACAAACAUGAAUCUCUCAAAAAUGGGCCUUAAAUAAGGCUAGAGUAGCUCCUUUAAGAAGAGCACAAUUAUGUAAUAAGCUAAAAAAUAUGUUCACUGUUUGCCUUGGAACCACUGCUGCGUUAAUACUUAAAGUAGCAAACCAGUUAGCCAAAUAUGCUAAUCUGAGCAAUCUCUGUUUGGGGGAGGGGCUUAGCGAAAGGUCAGUUCACGCCACGUAAAUGCUUUUAAUAGAUAUCUACGGCCUUUUUGGUCUUCAUGCUCUGUAUUAGUACUUUUGUCCAUUUUAAGUUCUCAUCUAUCGCAUCUCAUUCAUAUGUUCUCUAUGCAUCAUCUGUAUUACAGUUCUAAUAAAGAUUUUGGAUUGUUUUCAAUCUGCAGUGAGAUUGGAUUCACACUGACA